AGAGAGGCUUGGGAGGCGGGAGAGGGAAAGGACAGGAAAGGGCCUGGACUCUGAAAGGCCGGCCAUUGCCCACCCGCGGAACGAGCUGCGGUGGGAGUGGUCGGGGAAGAGCUGGGUCAGGGGUCUUCCAGAGUGGCCGGGAACGCCCGGACUCGAGUUGAGCUGCCCGCAGGACGGACGGACCGUAGGGGAAGCCAGGGGAGUGGGGUGCUGGCGGUGCGCACCAUGUCGUCUCUCGGGUCCCAGGAUGUACACACUGCUGUCCGGGCUGUACAAGUACAUGUUCCAGAAGGAUGAGUACUGCAUCCUGAUCCUGGGCCUGGACAACGCCGGGAAGACGGUUAGACCCGUAAUCCCAGCAACUCAGGAGGCUGAGGCGGGAAGAUGACCUUCCUGGAGCAGUCGAAAACCCGGUUUAACAAGCAGUACAAGGGCAUGAGUCUGUCUAAAAUCACUACCACCGUGGGUCUAAACAUUGGUACUGUAGAUGUGGGAAAGACUCGCCUCAUGUUCUGGGACUUAGGAGGACAGGAAGAGCUGCAGUCCUUGUGGGACAAGUACUAUGCAGAGUGCCAUGGUGUCAUCUAUGUCAUCGACUCCACUGACGAGGAGAGGCUGUCUGAGUCGAAGCAGGCAUUUGAGAAGGUGGUGGCAAGCGAGGCGCUGGACGGUGUCCCCAUCCUGGUGUUGGCCAACAAGCAGGAUGUGGAGACUUGCCUCUCAAUUCCUGACAUCAAGACUGCGUUCAGUGACUGCACCUGCAAGAUUGGCAGGCGAGACUGCCUGACCCAAGCCUGCUCUGCCCUCACGGGCAAAGGAGUGCGCGAGGGCAUCGAGUGGAUGGUGAAGUGCGUCGUGCGGAACGUCCACCGGCCACCACGGCAGAGGGACAUCACAUAGGCACACCUGAGCCCUGCCUUGGAUGGCCCUUCUGCAAGUGCUGAAGAAGCUCGCUCCCUGCCACGGGCUCCUGUGCCAUGGGGCUGGGGGUUGGGUUUGCUUUGCCUUUUGCUUCCUUCAUUUGCUCUGUGUUUUCUGUAAGACAAACUACUCUGUCUGGAAAACUGUAGGCAUCCAGAGGCUUCUGCCAAGAGGCGCCGGGCAGCUGGGCCCACCUGGCUCCAGGCAGGCCACCACAGGCUGGGAGACCUUCCCAGUCCAGGCAUGGAGCUGGGUGAGGCCCUGGUAGACAGGCUGCCCUUGAGGCCUGCCUGCCCAUUCAAGGUGGGGUUUUUAGGGAGAUGGGUUGGAAAUGAGGAUCUGGCUCUGGUGGGUAUUCUGUCCAGCUUUCCCAUGAGGAGGCAGGUAUGGCUAUGCCUCAUAUUGGAGGUGGUCUGGGGCUGGUCUUACCUUGAGAGGAUCUGGUCCACAGCAGGGCCCUGGGCUUUGGUGGAACCUUGGGACAGAGUGGAGACCUUCCUAGGUGGCCAUGCCCACUGGUCCAUUAUCAUCUUGCUUUAGUCCCCAGGGGAGGGGUAACAUGAAAAUGCUGGGAGGUCGUGCAGGUGUGUAUGUCCUUCUUACCCUGCAGGUUGGGUGGUGUUUCUGGAGAUAACACUCUGCCCUUCCAGUGCAGCCAGGGCAGCAAUGCAGUCAGAACAGCUCCUGUCCAUCCAUUCCAUGGAGCAGCCCAAAGGCCAGGUUCCCUUCUGUCUGGCAGAGUGACUGUAGCAAGGAACUGUACCAUGGGCCCUCAGGGUGGGCAGGUGGCAACUCCCCAGGCAAGUAAGGAGCCAUGAAUGCAUCCUGUGGGUGUGGAAAGCAGCCCAGCCACAGUCCAGAGAAUUGGUGGCUCUUUGUUCCAGAUCAGGUCACAACCAGACUUUAUCUUGGAGGGGGUGGGAAAUGGGUGUCUAGCUGUAGUCCUUGAUAAAGUCUCUGUUCCCACCCUUGCAGGCCCCAAAGGGUGUUCUGCAGGUUGAUUCUUAGGACCUGAGGGUCUCCAGCCUCAGGAAGGACCUGGCCACCCUGGAAGGGGAGAGGGUGGCAGACCCAGUUCCUUAGGCUCUCUGGAUAGGUCUGGAGGCCACCUUGUUUCUGAGAAGGCAAUGGGAUGCUUGAGGUCCUUGACCGGGCUUCUCAUGGGAAAUCCCCUUGCACAUUAGAAGUGGGUGAGACUCAAAAGAUCAGGGUAAAGGGGUCCCUCUAGCACAGUGAGACGUCCUGUGGGUGCUCCCCCAUCCUUCCUCUGCUACUUAACCAGAGCAAGACUUGGGGAAAUGGGUAUUUCACAGACCUUCCUGUGGAUGAUAUGCCCUGGUGUUUCAGGUAUGGGUGGGAAAGGCGGGCCCAGACCCCAAGGUCUGCUGAAGCACCUGGGCAGGGUGGAACUUCCCACCAGGUAUCCCUGCCUGUCUUUAACAGAAACAUGACUUUAAAGCAACAAGUCUUACAAAAUGGCUUUUUAAAAUAAACCUUAAGAAGUCUC